AUGGUCACGGAGAGCCUGAGGAUGCUUUCGGAUAUGGGGAUGAGAACGGUUAUUGGCAGCGGCGGAGGGGGCGAUGGGUUCAGUGGCGACGACGCAGGGAAAGACCUGGGGAUGCUCCUCCGCGAGCAGCGUCGGCAAGAAGCGUGCGAUCAUGAGAGUGAACUCAAUCUGUAUAGGAGCGGUUCUGCUCCUCCCACAGUUGAAGGUUCCAUCACCGCCGUCGGUCGAUUACUCGGCGGGGACGGCUCCGGGUUUCCAGAGAUUGGGAGGAAUGGGAACAGAUUCCUCUCUGAAGAGGAAAUCCGGUCCGAUCCUUCAUACCUUUCUUACUAUUACUCCCACGUGAAUCUCAAUCCUCGGCUUCCACCGCCCGUGCUCUCGAAAGAGGACUGGAGGUUCACACAAAGGUUGCAGGCGGGAAGCUCGGCUUUGGGAGGGAUCGGUGAUCAGCGCAAGGCGGGUCGGGGGGAUGAAGGUGGGAACCGAUCGAUGUUCUCUAUGCAACCGAGGUUUAAUCCGCAGGAUGAUCGUGAAUCCGAUCCGAGGAAAGCACUAGGUCCUGGUGAGUGGUUGGAUCGGGGUAACGACGGUUUGAUUGGGUUGUCAGGUCUAGGCCUUGAUGGCCGGCAGAAGAGCAUAGCUGAUAUUUUUCAGGUGAUCUACUUUGCCAUUUUCUACCCAUUUUUAUCUAACCUCCGUUUUUGCAUCCAUUUGUAUCGAUGUAUCUACAACUAUCUCGUCUUCUGAACUUAAAAGGAAAAAGGUGAAUCUUUUAUGAUGUAAUGUUGAUCCUUCUGUUUCUGAGCCACCAAAAUUUAAGAGAACUUCAAGGGACAGGAUCACUAUUGACAUCCGACGAUGAUUGAAUAGAAAUACGUGCAAAUCACUUUUUUUGUUAAAGCUUGUUAGUUAUGUGUAGUUUGUUAAUUAAUUAUGACAUUUCCUUUUUGUUGGGAACUAAUAGAUAAUUUCUACAAGUGUCACCUCUACUUUUUCAAAUUAUCGACGUGGACAGGAUACGCUGUAGUGAAGGAGAGGUGAAUGUUAUCAACCUAUGUGACUGGGAGUCAACGUGACAAUAUUUAUUUGCAUUGAUUCCAUUAUCCGCUUAUGGUCACGAAAAAAACUAAAUGAUUAAUAUCAACAUCGAAUGGAAGGUCCCAUAGAUAUAUAAUAAAUAUGUGGAGUCUUGCAAUCCAAGGUCUAGAAUAUCUUGCUGGAAAUGGUGGGAUGAUGAUGAUUUGUGUGAUGCCAUUUUUCUCACAUUUUGUUUGCAUCACGAAGCCAUAAAUUACCAUUGGUAAAAGAAUCAUUGGGGAGUUGAUCUUUUCUUCCGUUUCUAUUCAUGGUAAUUUAUGGCUCCCUGUUAUUGAAUGAAUGUACUUUUUACCGUACGAUUGAUAUUUCUCCUUUUCAAGGACCCAGCCUUUAUCUAUAUACUUCCAGUUAUUUAAUUUACUCAUUAUGUUGCAUGAUUUAUCAUACGAGGUCGUAGAUGUUGCUGAUGCGCUAGAUGUGCCGUUUGAUGAUACAUAGGACGUGUCCUGUUAUGAGGUCUCCCUCACCUUUUUUACAGUGGGAGUAAUGUCUUGUCUGCUAUUUGUCACCUAAUGUGUUUUACUGACUGAAACAUUAUUUUCAAGGGGAUGUUGUGUCUGCAAUUUAAUCAGGCAUAUAAUCACGAUCAAGUAAUGAAGGUUAUUAAUGUUAUUUCGAGAUGAUUAUGGUGGUUUUGUUUACAUGGUUGCCACACCUUAGUUUCAAACUAUGAUUUAUUAUAAUCUCCUCCUCUUUAGUUUGUUAACAAAUUUCGUCUGACAUUACAGGGGACUCUCUAUAAUACAUUUCAUUAUAUUCUAUGCCAAAGUUAAUGACCUGAAAUCCUUUAUCCUCGAAACUGUUCCAUUUUUAGUUUGAGAUACUUGGUUCCUAAACUCAUCUCCCUAAUUCCUCCCAUCUCUUCAGUUGAUAUUUUUUCAUAAUUUUGGUCGAAUGCUGUUCUUUCUAGCAGUAAGUCCUCAGCACAUUCGUCCUGUGUGACAUUCACUUUGAUGCCUUGUUACCAUUAUCUUUUGUCGAGUAAUUGACAUUUGUUUCUUGGCAAGUCAAAUGAAUUCUGUUUGUUUCUUGGCAACUCAGAUGAUUGAUAAUGCAUAAAAUAACCUGGAUGUCUCUAAUUAUAGCGCUUUAUAUUACUUUCAACUUUCAGAUCUAGGUUAUUUGCAAUUGUCAUGUGCUCUUUCAAUCUUUUGCUCCGUCAACGUUGUUAACUGUUUUUUCUAUGGUAUCUUUGUUUGGCCAGUGGAGUAAUAUUUAUUUUCGUUGCAGGAUGAUUUGGGAUGUAAUACUUCUGUGUCAAGGCAUCCUUCUCGCCCAGCAAGCCGCAAUGCUUUUGAUGACAGUGUAGAAUCUUUGCGUCCUCUUGAGGCACAUGCUGCGAAUUUGCAUCAUGAAUUGUCUUCUGUCGAUAGUCUUCGUACAAGUGGCACUAUUCAAGGCGUUGGUGGGCAACCUGUUGUUUCAUCUAUGUCUCACUCGUUUGCUUCUGUCGUUGGAGCAUCACUGUCAAGGAGCAAUACUCCAGAUCCUCAGUUGGUAGCUAGGGCUCCUAGUCCUUGCCUUCCACCUGUGGGUGUGAAGAUUGGCUCCUCUGAAAAGAAGAAUAACAAUGGCUCCAACCCCUUGAAUUCAUCCUCAAACAUAGUUGAGCCUGUAGAUAUUGUCAAUGCCUUGUCAAAUAUGAACUUGUCUAGAGGUGGUGUGCUAGAUGAAGAGAAACUUGCCCAGGUAAAGCUUCAGAAGGAAAUUGAAGAUCAUCAGAAUUAUCUUUUUGAUCUUCAGGAUCGACAUCAUGUUAAGCAGCAUCCUUAUUUAAAAAAAUCUGCAUCUGGGCAUCUUGGUAAUUCUUCUGCUCAGCCAGUUAUGUCACCUUAUAAUGAUUUGGCAAGAAAACCCGGAGGCAUGUCAGAUUUAGGCAAUUCUGGUUUGACACCUGAGGGUCUCGGUGAUAUUCACAAGUCCACUAAAUCCGCUGCAAGCUCAUUCUCAAAAGCAACAUCUUUUAACAGUUCAGGGAUUCCUCCUAUUCAUUAUCAGAAUGUGGACAGUUCUAAUGACGCUUUUACUAACUAUGGGCCAAAUGGUCUUUCGGUAAAUCCUGCAUUCUCGCCCAUGAUGGCAAAUCAGAUUGCUGCGGGUAAGUCACCCAUUAAUUUGUGAAUUUUUCUCCUGUUUGUGGAGUUGGAACUAAUAUUGGUACACGGAUUUCUACAGGCUCUAACUUUCCUGGAGAUCACCUUCAAAGUCUUGGUAGGAUUGGGAACUAUGCUGAUGCUUCUCCUGCACUCCAGAUGCCUGCAAUGGAUCCAAUGUAUUUACAGUAUUUACGGAUGUCAGAAUAUGCUGCACAAGUUGCGGCUACUUACAAUGGCUCUUCACUUGAUAAAAACUACAUGAAUAACUCGUACUUGGAUCCCCAGAACAUACAAAAAGCUUAUCUCGGCUCACUGCUGUCAUCUCAAAAACAAUAUAGCAUGCCCUUUCAGGGUAAACUGGGAGGUCUGAAUCAUGGUUAUUAUGGAAAUUCUGGUUUUGGUCUUGGUGUAUCAUAUGGAGGAAGUCCGAUGGCGAGCCCCAUUCUACCUGGUUCUCCGGUUGGAUCCGGUAGUCCUCUCAGGCAUGGUGAUCGCAACGUCCGUUUUCCAACUGGCAUAAGAAAUAUGGGAGGCGGCGUUCUGGGAUCUUGGCGAUCUGAUGUUGGUGGGACGUUUGAUGAGGGUUUUGCAUCUUCACUGCUGGAGGAAUUUAAGAGCAACAAGACUAAAUGCUUUGAACUUUCUGAGAUUAUUGGCCAUGUUGUUGAGUUUAGGUAUGGCACGUCCUUGGAAAAUAUGCCUUAAAUAAACGUUAAUAGUAUGCUAAUUAAUCCCAAUAUCUUUGUAUGCAGUGCCGACCAGUAUGGGAGUCGUUUCAUUCAACAAAAACUUGAAACAGCUACAACUGAGGAAAAGAAUAUAGUGUUUGAAGAGAUAAUGCCGCAAGCACUUUCAUUAAUGACUGACGUGUUUGGGAAUUAUGUGAUUCAGAAGGUACCUUACGAAAAUGUAUUUAUAUCUUUCCAUUUUCGCUUUUAUGCCUUCUUUUAACAUGUACUGUGUCAGUUUUUUGAGCAUGGAACUGCAGCCCAGAGAAGAGAAUUAGCCGAUCAACUUACUGGGCACGUGCUAACUCUUAGUCUUCAAAUGUAUGGGUGUCGAGUGAUCCAGAAGGUAAAUGAAUAUUUUUUAUAUCUUGGCAAAGUCUGUUGUUUCCCUUUCUGAAAUUCAGGUUUCAAUGAAUCUACGUCUACCACUUAAACAGUGUAACUUUUAUUUUUACACGUUGAUGAUGAGAUUUUGAAAUUGAAAACGACAUUGAUAUUGAUUCGAGUGAAUAUACGACAGGUAGUCCCAUCAUGGACACUUUUGGCGUUGCAGUAAUUGAAUGCUAGCCUUGUCUUCUAAUGAUUUUAGAUGCCUCAGUGCAUUGCACGGUAGUGUAAUAGUCAUAUGAAUGUACAUUUGAAUGUCAUAUGCAGAAGGUAUGGUAGUGUGUUUAUCGCUUUAAUCUUAAGACAAACGAAGAGUGAGUCAAAAGUAAUAAUGAUAGAUAAUUUCUCAGUUUUCACCUUAUAGUUUAGACUAUAUCAGUUUUUUUCUUAUGUACAACUGCGUUUAUGGUUUAUUUGACUACCUGGUAUCUGCCUAUGAGUGCAAUUCCUGUAUUUCUCGAGUUGUUAUAUAACAGCGACGUAAUGGUUUAUCUUUUUAUUUUUGUCAGGACAUGGAUUCGUGCGUGUAUUCAGAAUAAGCUGCUUAUUUAUUCGUGACAAAUUUGUGGCUGUAUUUUCGUAAAUAGGAUGUUACGACAGCCUUUUUUCAUGUUCUGAUAGUAUGAGGAUUGAUUGGACCAUUUUGGUUCAGUGUUACACUCUUAUUAUUCAUUCACGAUCUUGUUUUUGACCUGAUUUUGUGAAUUUUUUUUUGAUGCCCGGUCAAUUGUUUUCAAAGAUUGAAUUAGAAAAUAUUUUGAUCAGUGCCGUUAGGGUCUUGAUCACAGUUUUGUCGUUUAUGGAUAUUGGGAGAAGCUUGGAGUACUGACCGUAGACAUUGAACGAGGUUUUUUUUCUCUGGACAGAAAUAUUAGUGUAAAAUAGAUACUUGAGACGCUGCUGCGGAUUAGGGUGAUCAGUGCUCAUUUCCUUUCUUUGGUUUCAUGCGACUGUGCAUCCUCAGUUUCUGGGACUCUAGUUAAGGCUCCGAAGGCACAGCGCCUGACUGAGAGGAAUUGGUCCAUUAUAGCAAUAUAUAUAUCUUAUAUACCUUACAUCAAUAUUUUGGGUGCAGGCUCAGUUCUCCAGCCGUUUUACUUCCUUGCCAUGCGUGAUGAAUUUAUCAUUUUCUGAUUCUGAUCUAAAUGGCCUGGGUCCAAAGAAAACCUGGUGUAAAUUUAUAUUGGCCAAUUCCUGUCCUUAUGAUCUGUCGUUGGGAGGAAAACUACGAAAAUCUGACGCACUGUUACGGUGUUGUUACCUGAGAAGAUUGCACUGCGAUCCAUCACCCAUGUUUUCUUUUAUUGAAUUCCCGAUUUCGAGUUUUCAAUAAAAACAGAAAUUGAGAUGCAUUCUGAAGGUUUUAAAUAUGUUUCUACGGUUCAAUUUUAAAUAUGCAUUCUGACAGAUGAUAUCAUCCAUCUUUUUAUGAACAAAGGUGGAAAACCUGCUCGGAAAUCCUCCUAUUCUUGAGGGUAGGCUGACCGUAAAUUCAGGCGAGAUGGAAUGGAGACAAACGGUAGAACUGUAAUGAGCAGACGAUGGGUGUGACGAUAUUACUAUUUUGGUCUAAAAUUGAACUGUAUGGAUGUGAUCUGAUAGUCUUGCUGCGGUGAAGUUUUUCCAGUGUAUGGCGAGGAUUCAAUCCGAGAUUUUGGCAGAUAUGUCGGGAUUAUUUUUCUUAGGACUAUUUUUUUGAUAUUUUCUUUGUUUUACUGCAUGACAAUUACUUUUCGGAUUUUUCUACUUACUAGGAGAAUCCUUGUGUAUGGUAUCCUCGCUAGCAUGGUCCAGUUGUUUAGAAAUUUUUAGUGGCAACCUUCCUGUUUCCUUGAAUGCCUGUGGAAUAAACUGGUGUUGACAGCUACUCUCUGUCCGUGCGUUAUGUCUAUCCAGGCAAUAGAAGUGGUUGAUUUAGAUCAGCAGACUAAGAUGGUUGCAGAACUUGAAGGUAACAUCAUGCGCUGCGUGCGGGAUCAAAAUGGAAACCAUGUGAUUCAGAAAUGCAUAGAAUGCAUUCCUCAAGAUGCCAUUCAGUUCAUCGUGUCAUCAUUCUACGAUCAAGUUGUUACACUAUCGACCCACCCCUAUGGCUGUCGUGUGAUACAGGUUCGCGAAUUCAUUUUGAAAAAUGCUAUUAUUUCCCAUUUCCCCUCAUUUUACUCUACUCUCUAGUAAAGUGUGACUAUGGGAGUGUUGUGUUCUUCACCCUUUUAAUAGAGAGUGUUGGAGUACUGCGACGAUCCCAAAACCCAGCGCAUCAUGAUGGAUGAGAUUCUGCUCUCUGUUUGCAUGUUGGCAGAAGACCAGUAUGGGAACUAUGUUGUGCAGGUUUGUAAAUAUCACCACGUUUUCAAAGAAUGAUAUUUCCACCCGCCUUUUCAUCUUCAGGUCGUAUCUACGUUAUAUUCUUUUUGAUUCAUAAUUUCUCAAAUUGUUUCCCCCGAACUGUAUUCCUGUUGCUGUGUGCGUCUAUAUAAGAAAUGCAGUAUUUCCCAUGACGGUGAUGCAUGGAGAUAAGAAAUUGGCUGAAUCUGAGGUUUUCUCCCUGUGGGUUCAUUUUCGACUUGGUGAGGUUAAUCGGCUGUCUCCGGCGUAGCAUCAUAUUUAUGCCGUUCAAGUGAUUUGUAGGAGUUGUCAUUUGAAAUGGUCAUUGUUGCUUCGUAGAACAUGCCCUGAUGUCGUUCCUUCUUCUCUUCAUAGAACAUAAUCUGUGGGCAACAGGGUAUGCUCCUUCCUCUCUUCAUAGAGCAUACUCUGUUGCCCAUUGGCGUCUGGUUCCGUUGUUCCUUCCUCUCUGCUGCCAAUGCUUCUUUCAUACCGUUGGCCUCUCGUUUCCCCCUUUUGCAGCAUGUGCUGGAGCAUGGGAAGCCCCACGAGCGCUCCGCAAUAAUAAAGAAAUUGGCUGGGCAGAUAAUCCAAAUGAGCCAGCAGAAGUUCGCUUCUAAUGUUGUUGAGAAGUGUUUGACCUUCGGUAGCCCAGCAGAACGUCAAAUUUUGGUGCACGAGAUGCUUGGGUCCACUGAUGAGAACGAGCCCCUCCAGGUUUCUUUCUCCUCUGCCCCUCCUUUGCUUCGUUUGAGCCUCUCUCUCUCUCUCUCUCUCUCUCUCUCUCUCUCUCUCUCCUGCCUGCCCAGUUCGAGAAAGCUAAGCUCUUCUAUGGUCUUCCACUCGUGGCUCAGGCGAUGAUGAAGGAUCAGUUUGGGAACUACGUCGUGCAGAAGGUCUUGGAGACCUGCGACGACCACCAGCGGGAGCUGAUCUUGUCCCGCAUAAAAGUGCACCUGAAUGCUCUGAAAAAGUACACCUACGGAAAGCACAUAGUUGCCCGUGUGGAGAAGCUCGUCGCGGCUGGGGGUACGUCACUAAACUUCAUAACAUAAUUCCAGGCGUUAUAUAUAAUCUUAUGCUCCUCGAGCGAUGAGAUCAUCGCCGCACGAGCUUUUCUUUCUAUGGUGUUGGUCUGAGAUGAAUCCUCCCUCUGUGCUGAAUGCAGAGAGAAGGAUCGGAGUCCAGUCGUCGUCGUCGUCGUCGUAG